AUGACCACCCCAUCACCAAACCCGCCCUGGGUCUUGAAGAAGGCAGUUCUUGUUCAUGCGCCCGACCUGGGUAUUUCAUGUUCUGCUCACCUUCGAAUUGCCCAUAACGAAACUGCCAACCAAGGAUCCAUAUCCCUUCGGAUAACGGCAGAUCUUGCUAACCUGAAUGGCAGAUCGCAGAUGCUUACGCUAAAUAUCCCUCCAAAAAUAAUCGAAAAGUGCGCAUUAGCCCCGAGAAGCAACGAUGGCCUCUGUCCACCACACCUGGUUUCUAUGAUACGGGCAUCUGUCACGAAUGUUUCGGCCGUCUCGACAUUGAGCCUGAAGCUCGGUACCACUGGCAUCGUUCUUUGUCCAUCCGGGGCGGAUACUCUAAGCCCAGCCAAUCCAGGGGAUUCUGAUUUCGAUGCCUUUGCAAAGAUCUGCCGAUCCGACUUCCUACGGCUACACUUUUCCAGACGACAAUUUGUGAAUAAAGAACUUGAUCGAUUAGAAGCUUUCUCUCAUGUCUUGCGUAACAGAAGUCUCCUGGCGGAAACUUUUGACCACGCUCGCCAUGGCGUGGUCGAGAGAGAUUGGCGGGCCUUUAAUCUAUCACUCGAUCCACCUCCAUAUUGCGAGCAACCCGCAUCCGGGCAGGUGAAGCUGGUAGAUCCACCUCUAUAUAGUGAGCAGUCCAUAUCCGAGCAGGUUCUUGGAAAACGCCGAGCCCCAUCUAUCCCAUCCGACAAUGAAAGACGAAAAAGCCCACUCUUUUCAAGCCCUCAGCCGCCCGACUCCCCAACUGAAGUCAAUACGCCGAGCAUCCUGUCCAUGUCACCACCCCCGAUCCGUCCAACUUACUUUACGCGUGCCACCUCUCCUGGUCUUAAAGAACGUGACAUACUUGGGCGUCUUGAACAUGAAUUGCGCGGUCUUUCCGAUGACAUGAUCUGCAAACUAUUGACGCGAUCAGGACACCGACAUCUGCUGGCUCCACCCGCUGGUAGAGAUAGUGACUUGCCAUCUGGGUCUGAGAAAGUCAGCUUCGCCGAGGUCGAUACCGUUGAACGCCGUCUGAAACAAUAUAUUGAUCAGACUAUUGAGCGUCGUAUCAAAUCACAUGUCGACCAGAUUGUCGAUAGCGCCCUGGGCGAAUGCCGUGACCACAUUUUCGACGAAUGUAAAACGAACGAAGCCGAAUUCCGUGAGCAGGUCGACGAUGCUAACUCGGAGAUACGUAUUACGGCCAAUGAGUGUAUGAAGGAAAUGAAAGAACAAGCGCAACAGCAUAUGAAUGAUAUCGAGGAUCAGGGAGUUGAGGUUGAGAUGUCGGCGAAGGAAGAAGCCGCAAAGCUGCAGCGCUGGUUCCAUGCUUCUGCCCAGUCCUCACUUGAUAGAAAUUCAAGUUCUAGCCAUAAACUGAAUGCCAGGUGCAGAUCUGUUUAG